AGGCGGUUGGUUGGUGGGGAGGGAAGGUUUCUACAGCCAUGGCGUUAACCGUAGCCAGGCCGUUCCUGUCCGAGGGAGGUUACGGCGAGCAGGACAUGGACGCCAACUCUGCGCUGAUGGAGCUAGAUAAAGGGCUGAGGUCAGGAAAACUCGGUGAACAGUGUGAGGCAGUUGUUCGUUUUCCUCGGCUGUUCCAGAAGUAUCCGUUUCCAAUUCUUAUAAAUUCUGCUUUUUUGAAACUUGCGGACAUCUUCAGAGUUGGAAACAACUUUUUGAGAUUGUGUGUACUGAAGGUGACUCAGCAGAGUGAAAAGCACUUGGAGAAAAUCUUAAAUGUUGAUGAGUUUGUGAAAAGGGUCUUCUCAGUUAUCCAUAGCAAUGAUCCAGUGGCCAGAGCCAUCACUCUCAGAAUGCUGGGAAGUAUGGCUUCUAUUAUUCCUGACAGAAAAAAUGCUCAUCACAGUAUUCGGCAAAGUUUAGAUUCGCAUGAUAAUAUUGAAGUAGAAGCUGCCAUAUUUGCUGCUGCUCAUUUUUCUGCACAAUCCAAGGAUUUUGCCACAGGAAUUUGUAACAAAAUUGGUGAAAUGAUUGAAGGUUUGGCAACACCUGUGGAUCUGAAGUUAAAGCUGAUCCCAAUUCUGCAGCACAUGCAUCACGAUGCUGCCCUUGCAUCCAGCACUCGUGUUCUCCUUCGGCAACUAGUGGCAUUGUACCCUUCCACCAAGAUGGUGGUAGUCACCCUGCAUACUUUUACACAAUUGGCUGCAUCAUCACUGGUUGAUAUCCCAAAACAGAUUCAGCUUUUGCUACAGUAUUUGAAAGAAGACCCCAGAAAAGCUGUGAAGAGGCUUUCUGUUCAGGACCUAAAAUUGUUAGCUAAUAAAACACCACAUAUGUGGAGCAGAGAUAACAUUCAGUCACUGUGUGAAUGUGCCCUUCAGAGCCCUUAUGACAGUUUGAAAUUGGGCAUACUUUCAGUUUUGUCCACAUUAUCAGGAACCAUCGCAAUGAAACAGUACUACUAUAAUUCACAAGGAAACACAACUACUCCAGCACAUUCUGACGACCUGAUAAAACUUGCACAAGAGUGCUGUUACCAUAGCAACUGUGCUAUUGCAGCUCAUGGUGUUACUGUUCUAACAAACAUUGCAUCCUGCUUGGAAAAAGAUUUUUUGGCUUUGGAACAAGAUGCAGUUUUUGCUCUGGAAUCCCUCCUUGUUCUUUGUAGCCAGGAAAGUAAUGUAGGAGCACAGAAUGCUUUAAAGACUGCAUUUACCUGCAUGGUGAAGCUGAUGUGUAGUCGCCCUCACCUGAGCCAGCCAGUCGUCGAAUCCCUGCUGACCCAACUACAUACUGCCCAGGAUAUCGCUCGGAUUCCAAUGUGCCACUGCCUUGCUGCUAUAGCAGUGCAGUUGCCUGUCUUAGGAGAGGGAAUGCUGGGAGAGCUCAUGGAAUUGUACAAGAUGAUUGGAUUGUCAUCUACAGACAAACAGCAAGAGCUUAUGGUAGCAUUGGCUACAGUCAUUUUUGUAGCUAAUCAGAAAACUAUGUCUACUGAUGUUAAAAAUGUGAUAAAACAGCAAUUGGAAAAUGGAGCCAAUGGCUGGACAGUUUACAAGAUUGCCCGUCAAGCAUCCCGUAUGGGAAACCAUGAUAUGGCUGGAGAGCUCUACCACGGCUUGUUAACUCAAGUGGCCUCUGAACAUUUUUACUUCUGGCUAAACAGCUUGAAAGAAUUCUCGAAAGCAGAGCAAUGUCUGGCAGGCCUACAAGAUAGCGAAUCCAGUGUUGCACUGGCUUGUAUUGCAGAAGCUUUGAAACACUACCAGAGGGGCAUAGCUUCUUUGACAGCUGCAAGCACACCUACCAAUCCCCUGACUUUUCAAUGUGAAUUUGUUAAACUAAGGAUUGACGUGCUCCAGGCAUUCUCACAGCUGAUCUGUACUUGUAACAGCCUGAAGACUAGCCCUCCACCUGCAAUUGCCACAGCAAUUGCUAUGGCAUCAGGAAAUGACUUGCAGAGAUGUGGCCGUAUUACCAACCAGAUGAAGAUAUCAAUGGAAGAGUUCAGAAGUCUAGCAACUCGCUACCAUGACCUUUAUCAAUCCUCCUUUGACGCUGACUCUGCCACCUUGAGAAAUGUUGAGCUACAGCAACAAAGUUGUUUAUUGAUUUCUCACUCUAUUGAAGCACUAAUCCUGGAUCCAGAUUCUGCCAGUUUCCAAGAGUACGGAUGCAGUGGGAAUGUCCAUGCUGAAAGCGAGUAUGAAAGAAGCAUGCUGUCUAUAUUUACUCAGGUGCUGGAGGACGUAGAGUCUCUUAGCAGAAAGUAUCCUCCCGUUUCCUACCUACACACCAUGUGCCUCUGUGGGGCUGUGAUUUCCUUGCUGAAGGUCCCCUUAUCAUUUCAAAGGUAUUUCUUCCAAAAGCUUCAGUCAACCAGCAUCAAGUUGGCACUGUCACCUUCACCUCGCACUCCAACAGAACCAAUCACUGUGCAGAAUAAUCAGCAACUGGCUCUGAAGGUGGAAGGAGUUAUCCAACACGGCUCAAAGCCUGGGUUCUUCAGGAAGAUUCAGGCAGUUUGUCUGAAUGUUUCCUCCUUACUGCAGAACAAGAGUGUACAAGAUUAUAAGGUAUUGCUUGACAAUAUGACCAAUGAAAUGGAGCAGCGGGUCGAACCCCACAAUGACUACUUCAGCACGCAAUUCCUGUUAUGUUUUGCUGCACUUGGGAAUCACAUUGUUACUGUUGAAGCUUCUGUCGUUGACUCAAAUGGUAUCAUUUGGAAAACAGGACCAAAAACUACCAUUGCUAUCAAAUCCAUGGAGGAUCCAUUUUCUCAGCAAUUACGGCUGCAGCAGCAGUCACAACAGCAGUCACAGCUGCAGAGGAACACACUUUGUCGGUUUUAAUGUGAAUCACUAAAUGUGCAAAAAAAAACAUUAGGAUACUGAAGACCUGCCAGUUAUCUGCUGUGAUGCAUCAUAACAGGGCAGGACAUCAUUUGGUGAAACCUCAUUCUCUUUUGCAUUAUGAGCUUGUAGCCCAAAUGAAUGGGAUUUUUUUUUUAAAAAAAAAGAAAACCAACCGUUGUCCUGUCCAAAGAAAUACAAAUCAAAACCUCUCCUCCACUUUUCUUGCUGGUGCUGUUCUAUGAAAAUUUGUAGAUUUCAUUCUCUGGACUUUUUCAGAAUUAAUGUGGUGAUUUAAAUGGUUAAGUGUUAGAAAGUGUGCUUGAUAGCGGAAACCUAUUAAAACCUAGCAUUCGCAAGCCUGCUACUGACUUCAUUGUAUGAAUCUGUUUAAUCAGUUAUCUCUGUUGGCUAACUUUGAAUGGAGAACUUGGAACAAGCAGUAUUUACACGAGUUCUCAUUACCUUACCCACUUCUGUUGCAAAUUGAUGUAUGUUUGAUACAACCAUAAAAUCUGAAGUUCAUAGUCCCACACUUAUCAAAAGAACAUCCAAAGGCAAUAAACAUGAUAAUGUAAAUGAUUUCUGUGACCAGUGUUGUUGAAGGUGGGGAGUAGAAUAGGAUCAGAAGCAGGCAAUUUGGUCAUCGAGCCUGCCUCACGGUUCAGGUAGAUAAUGAGUGAUCUGUACCUCUACCCAUUUACACACCUUAGCCCUUGAAACAUUUAAUGAAAGAGGUAUUUAUUCAUCUUAACUUGCAAUUAACCCACAUCCACAGUCAUUUGAAGACUCUCCCAGAUUUCUUCUAGACUUCUUUCCUCCUAAAAUGGCUCCUAAUUUUAUUACACACCCAUUUUCCUUUCCCCUUCACCACUGCCCCAACCUCUGAGGUUUUUUAAUUUACAAAUCCCUCAUUCUUCCACCAUACAAACUCAACGGAAUAGAAUCCAGUUUUAUCAAACCAGUUUGCAUAAUUUAAUCUUUAAAACUGGUAAAAAGCUGAAUCUGCAAUGAGCCCUCAAAAACAAACUUAAUUCACUUUCAGAUUUUAGGCAUUGCUAGCAAGGUUGGCAUUUAUUGCACUUGCCAAGCAAGUGGUGAGCCACUGUCAUUACAUUGGGAGAACAUUCAUUAUGACUGCAGUGGUUAGUGUUCCAGGACUUUGAGCCAGCAACAAUGAAAGACUGGCGAUAUGCUCCCAAGUCAGAUUGAUGUGGGAUUUGGAGGGGACCUGCAAAUGUAGCGUUCUCAUGUACCUGCUGCCCUUAUCCUUGGUGGGAGGUCACAGGCUCGGGACAUGCUGUUGGAGGACUAACUUCUGUGCAUUGUGUCGGUGGCACAUACCACGGCCAUUGCACACUGAUGGUGAAAGGGAAUGAAAAUUUAGAGUAGUGAUGGUGUACUAAUUAAGUGAGCAGCAGUGUGCUGAGUCGUAUUGAGCUUUUUUUUUCCCCCUCAAAGAGUUGCCUGGCUGAAUACAACAAGUGGAAAGUAUUCCAUCCCACUCCCGGCUUGUUCCUUGCAGAUGAUGGAAAGCCCUUAUGAUGUUAGGAGACAAGUCAUUUGCCAUAGGAUAUGCUGUCCUUAACUUGCUAUUGUAGCCACAGUAUUUAAGUGGCUGGUGCAGUUGAAUUUCUGGUCAGUGGUAACCCUCAGGACAUUGAUAACACCAUUGAAUGUCAAUGGUAGGCUUUUACACUCAACAGGAAUAGCUAUUGCCUGGUACGUUGCACAAAUAUUUGCCGCUUAUCAGUCCAUGCCUGCAUGUUGUCUUAAGUUUUUCUGCAUAUGGACAAGGGCUGCUUUAUUUGCUGAAGAGUUGCAAAUGAAAUUGAACAUUGUACAAAUAUCUGCACUUCCAAAGGAUGGAAGGAAGGUCAUUGAAAUAGCUAAAGCUUGGGCCUAGGUUACUACCCUAUCUCUUCCAUGAUGUCCUGGGGCUGGGAUAAUUGACUUUUUACAACCACAACAAUCUUACUUUGUGCAAUAUACAUUGAAUAAGUGCCACUUGAUAAUGCUGUUUAUGACUGUCCAUCACUUUGCUGAUGAGCAAGAUUAGGCUUAUUGGGCAGUAGUUAGCUGGACAGAAUUGGUCUUGCAUUUUGUGACCAGCACAUGGACAGUUUUCCACACAGUCAUAUUGAUGCCAAUCCAUUUAUAACCAGAUCUGAGAAGCAUCUUGUUCUGGAAUGCAGAUCUUCAAUACUAAAGCUGGGAUGUUGUCCGGUUCCAUAGCUGUAUCCUGUGCUCUUGAAUAACAUGGAAUAAAUUGAACUGGCUAGAGUCUUGCUUCUGAGAUGGUGGGAGGAAGCAGAGACAGAUGUUCGUUUAGCACUUCAGCUGAAUGUGAUUGAGAACGUGUCAGCCUUUUCUUCAGCACUUCACCUCCAAGUCACACAUCAUCCUAACUUGGAAAUACAAUCAUUGGUCCUUCACUGUUGCUGGAUGCAAAUCCUGAAACCCUUCCAUAAAGGUCCUGUGGGAAGGACAGCAGUGGUUCAAGGUGGCUCUCCACCACUCGAGGGCAAUUAGGAAUGGGCACUAAAUUGUGGUCUUGCCAGUAAUGUACAGAUACUUAAAAAAAAAGUCCUGGCACACCUGGCCAUGUCAUCAUUGAGGUUGGAAAUAAUCUUGCAUCCUCGUCUCAUUAGUUGUUUAAUUGUCCACCAUAUUCAGGACUAAAUAUGGUAGGAAUGCAGAGCUUAGAUUUGAUCUAUUGGUUAGAUCUGUCUUUCAGAUGCUGUUUUAGCUCUUUAGCAAUACAAGCAAUCCUGUAUUGCAGCUUCACUAGGCUGACAGGCCCACUUUAGUGCUGCUCCCGGUAUGUCCUUCUGCACCCCACUGAACCAGGGUUGAUGCUCUCUACUUUCAAGCCAGGGCAAUGUCACAGAUUGUAAUAUUGUACAGUUCUGCUUCCACUGAAGCUCUGCAGUGUCUCAUGGAUGUCCAAGUGUGCACUGCCAGAUCUAACUUCAUUGCAUUAACAUGGAAACCUUUUAUAAAAAGGCAAAUGUAGAAAAAUAAAGACCAUAAUUGAAUUUGAGCCAAAUUUAAAAGAUGCGCAUCCUCUAAUUUCUGCCACUGACUAGUAAUUUUAAUUUUUCUAUCCUGUGAUGUUUAGUAAUCACAUUUUUAUUGCAGAUUCUGGAAAAUAUUACACAAAUUUCAGUUUUGUGUAGUUCAGAUAGAAAGCAGUUAAGAUAAUGGAACACAUUAUGUGAAGGCCAUUUAUUAUUUCUGGUGAUGAAAUACACAAGACAUUAAUUACAGAUGACUGUAGUGCUUAAUAUUGCUCAAUUCUGGUGGCUGCCAGUGAAUUUUAGAACCUGAACUCUCUAGACUAAUGUGUUACAUUUGUUUUUAAAAUAAAUUCUUCACUUGCUUCACUUUGCAAAUGACUGAACUGAUUUUAUAUACUUAGUCUGUCUAUCUAAUUUUAUCUCUGCAGCAGCUUCUUAUCUGACAACUUGGCAUUGUUUCCUCCCUCCCAAUAAUUCCUUAUGCCAUUCCUGGCUUUGAGUAUUCCCAUCAAUCCCACUAAUUAUCCCUAUAACCUAUUCUGCCCCACAUGCCAAAUAACAACUCCACUCUCAACUCUCUCUCAUCAGCCACCUCCAACAGAGGUAACUUACAGUAGCCACGUAACCACAUCUUUGGAGAGUGGGAGAAAACAUGAGAACCAGCAGAAACCCAGGCCAUACACAAACAGCAUCCAAGGUCAUGAUUGAAUCCAAGUUGCUUGAGGUGCGAGAUAGCUGUAUGACCACUGUGCUGCCCCUAACAAAUUUCAUCUGUCCACAUUUAAAACUGUGUAUAGUUCUGUGGACCUAGGUUCAAUCCUAACCUUGGGUGAGCAGUUUGCAUGUUCUCUCUGUAACUGCUUGGGAUUACCCUCCCACAUCCCAAAGACAUGCCGAUAGAUUAAAUGGCCACUGUAAAUAUCCCCUAAUGUAGUGAAGUGGUUAGAGAGAGGGAAAAAAAGUCAUAAGGGGAAGAUGGGGUAAUGGGCACAACAGAAGUUGUAGGGUUAUAAGUGAACAAGAUGAAGGGGAACAGAAAUGAUUUGCUGGGAACUAGUAUGGACUCCGUGGACAGAAUGGAGUGUGUGAUAACAACGUUUUUCAGUAAAUAUGCAAGCUCAUCAUUCUGUUCAGUAUAGGUUCCAAAAAAAUGUUAUUAUUUUCCUCUUGUUCAAAAUAGGUUUUAAUUAUUAAUAAAUUUCUGUAGACUUGUUUAAUGCUUUUUAAGGUUUCAUCCUUGACAACCUCAGCUUCUCCCAAAUGCCUUUGCUCAAAUCUCUAUCCACGGAAUGCCUCAGUUUUAUAUACUUUGAAUGUGGCUGAGGAUUCCAAAUGUAGUCUUUUGAAGUGUAGCUUUGUUACCAUUGUUUUGAAGAGCAAUUUGAGGUUUUAUAUUAAAUCUCAAAAAUGUAUGAAUGAUUUUCA